AUGGCGCAAGUUGCUGAAGCCACGGUUGACGUUUCCGACGAUGCCAACGGUGAUAGUCACCAGCAUACUCACGAAAUCGAGCACGAGGGUCACUCUCAUGACCAUACUCAGGAUCAUUUUCAUGACCACUCUCAUGACCACUCUCUCGACCACUCUCUCGACCACUCUCACGACCACUCUCACGAUCAUUCUCACGAACACUCUCACGGCAAACUCACAGGUCAAACCGAGAGAGUGAAAAGGUCUAUUGACUACGAUUUGCUCGAGGAACGAGGCACCAUAAAAAAAACUACCGACCCAGGAGUUGAAAGGUACUUUCGAGCAAAAUCACUCUUUAAGCAAGGUUACGAGCUUGCCAAUGAGAUUCCUGAUAGUGACGAUGUUAAAGUAUUGAUGCAAUAUCACCAACAAAUAUUCGAUGCAACCAAGAAUCUCGUCGAAGCGUUCAUACUUGAUGAAAAAGCCACGGACAUGCCGCCACGCGUCAUGACGCUUGCUCAACAGUACGAGAAGCUACUCAAAUCGCGAUACAGUAAGAAUUCGAAGAAGGAUGAGGUUGGAGACCGAGAAGAGGAGACGGCGAAUAAAGAGGAUGAGGAUUCAAAGAAGGAUGAGAGUGAUAAGGGUGAUGAAGAAAAGACAAAAGAAACAGAGACUGCUGAAGAGAAGAAAAAUGUGGUGACGGCGGAGGCUAAAGAAGAGAAAGGUGAUGGCGUGGAAGAAGCAGAGGAUGAAGCUUCCAAAUUGACCAAGGCUGAAAAUGUUGAAGACUUUGAUGAACCAGAGUUCACAAAAGAAUCUCUCGUACUAGUCAUCUGGCUUUUAUUUAAUGGCAAACAAUACGAGUACUGUAUCCAAACUCUUAAUCUAGCCUACAAACUCGAACCUGAACUCCGGCCUCGCUUUGUCUACUUGCGUGCAUCAUGCUAUUUGGCGUUGCGUGAUUAUAAAUCUUGUAUUAAAGAUCUCGAACGUCUUAUUGGACUAGACCCCACUUUCGUCGACGCAUAUAGUCUGCUCGGAUCCCUCUAUAUGCAACGGGAUGAUCGAUUGGAAGCAAUACGUUAUUUUAGAAUGUGCGUCGACAAAGCCCAUAAAGAUUCUGCUUCGUAUUCGCAGGCAUUAUAUGCAUUGUCUGUUCUCAACUCUCAGAAUGCUUCUGCUACCGGGGGCUCUAAUAACCGAAACCAGGUUUUGCAGAAUCUGCGUAACCAGCAGGCGACUUCUUAUUAUAGUAAAGCGAAAGAGGCUGAAAUACGGUUCGAAGAAUUGUAUGGACGCGUGCCCGAGAUGAGCGAAACCAAAAGGAUGGCCGUUACCCACUUUGAAGCAAAGACGAAUAAACGUCAAUCCGAACCAGAACCGGCUGCUGCGUCACAACGUCGUCUUGCUCAUGAUUCGAGUGGUGAAAGUGUCAAGAAAUGCAAUAAUUGCCAGAGCACUGAACGUAAAGAGGAGAAUGGAGCGUUGGAUGACGACAAGAAAUCAAAAUUACUACUAUGUGCGGGAUGCUCAAAAGUUUACUAUUGUUCUAAAGAAUGUCAGAAGAAGAACUGGAAGGGGCAUAAGCAACAGUGUCUUGCCGAUAAAAGUAGAAAAUAG